GCUGAGCUGCGAGGGACACAGGCGCGGGAGGCGCGGGAGGCGCGGGAGGUGCGCGGAGCCAGCGGAGCCAGCGGAGCCAGAGCCCAGCCCGCGUCCGCGCCGCCAUGCCCCUGGCCUUCUGCGGUAGCGAAAACCACUCGGCCGCCUACCGGGUGGACCAGGGCGUCCUCAACAACGGCUGCUUCGUGGACGCGCUCAACGUGGUGCCGCACGUCUUCCUGCUCUUCAUCACCUUCCCCAUCCUCUUCAUCGGAUGGGGCAGUCAGAGCUCCAAGGUGCACAUCCACCACAGCACAUGGCUUCAUUUCCCCGGGCACAAUCUGCGGUGGAUCCUGACCUUCAUGCUGCUCUUCGUCCUGGUGUGUGAGAUUGCGGAGGGCAUCCUGUCUGAUGGGGUGACCGAGUCCCGCCACCUCCACCUGUACAUGCCAGCCGGGAUGGCGUUCAUGGCUGCUGUCACCUCCGUGGUCUACUAUCACAACAUCGAGACUUCCAACUUCCCCAAGCUGCUGAUUGCCCUGCUGGUAUAUUGGACCCUGGCCUUCAUCACCAAGACCAUCAAGUUUGUCAAGUUCUUGGACCACGCCAUCGGCUUCUCACAGCUGCGCUUCUGCCUCACGGGGCUGCUGGUGAUCCUCUAUGGGAUGCUGCUCCUCGUGGAGAUCAAUGUCAUCAGGGUGAGGAGAUACAUCUUUUUCAAGACACCGAGGGAGGUAAAGCCACCUGAGGACCUGCAGGACCUAGGGGUGCGCUUCCUGCAACCCUUUGUGAAUCUGCUGUCCAAAGGCACCUACUGGUGGAUGAAUGCUUUCAUCAAGACGGCCCACAAAAAGCCCAUCGACUUGCGAGCCAUCGGGAAGCUGCCCAUUGCCAUGAGGGCCCUCACCAACUACCAGCGCCUCUGCGAGGCCUUUGACGCCCAGGUGCGUAAGGACGUGCAGGGCACUCAAGGUGCCCGGGCCAUCUGGCAGGCACUCAGCCAUGCCUUCGGGAGGCGCCUGGUCCUCAGCAGCACUUUCCGCAUCUUGGCCGACCUGCUGGGCUUCGCUGGGCCACUGUGCAUCUUCGGGAUCGUGGACCACCUUGGGAAGGAGAAUGACGUCUUCCAGCCCAAGACACAAUUUCUCGGGAUUUACUUUGUUUCAUCCCAAGAGUUCCUUGCCAAUGCCUACGUCUUAGCCGUGCUCCUGUUCCUUGCCCUCCUACUGCAAAGGACAUUUCUGCAAGCAUCCUACUAUGUGGCCAUUGAAACUGGAAUUAACUUGAGAGGAGCAAUACAGACCAAGAUUUACAAUAAAAUUAUGCACCUGUCCACCUCCAACCUGUCCAUGGGAGAAAUGACUGCUGGGCAGAUCUGUAACCUGGUUGCCAUCGACACCAAUCAGCUCAUGUGGUUUUUCUUCUUGUGCCCAAACCUCUGGGCUAUGCCAGUACAGAUCAUCGUGGGUGUGAUUCUCCUCUACUACAUCCUUGGAGUCAGUGCCUUAAUUGGAGCAGCUGUCAUCAUUCUGCUGGCUCCUGUCCAGUACUUCGUGGCCACCAAGCUGUCUCAGGCCCAGCGGAGCACACUGGAGUAUUCCAAUGAGCGGCUGAAGCAGACCAACGAGAUGCUCCGUGGCAUCAAGCUGCUGAAGCUGUACGCCUGGGAGAACAUCUUCUGCACGCGGGUGGAGACGACCCGCAGGAAGGAGAUGACCAGCCUCAGGGCCUUUGCCAUCUAUACCUCCAUCUCCAUUUUCAUGAACACGGCCAUCCCCAUUGCAGCUGUUCUCAUAACCUUCAUGGGCCACGUCAGCUUCUUCAAAGAGGCCGACUUCUCGCCGUCCGUGGCCUUUGCCUCCCUCUCCCUCUUCCACAUCUUGGUCACACCGCUGUUCCUGCUGUCCAGCGUGGUCCGAUCCACCGUCAAAGCUCUAGUGAGGGGUGAGGGGCGUCUCUGUGCUUCCCGUGCAGCGUGCAAAAGCUCAGUGAGUUCCUGUCCAGUGCAGAGAUCCGCGAGGAGCAGUGUGCCCCCCGUGAGCCCACGCCCCAGGGCCCAGCCAGCAAGUACCAGGCAGUGGAAGAGGGGCUCCCUUACCUACACAGCUCCCAGCCCAGUGGGUUCACCUCCAAACCACCCCCAGCCCCUCAAGGUUGUGAACCGAAAGCGUCCAGCCCGGGAGGACUGUCGGGGACUCACGGGCCCCCUGCAGAGCCUGGUCCCCAGCACAGAUGGCGAUGCUGAAAACUGCUGUGUCCAGAUCAUGGGAGGCUACUUCACGUGGACCCCAGAUGGAAUCCCCACACUGUCCAACAUCACCAUUCGUAUCCCCCGAGGUCAACUGACCAUGAUCGUGGGGCAGGUGGGCUGUGGCAAGUCCUCGCUCCUUCUAGCUGCACUGGGGGAGAUGCAGAAGGUCUCGGGGUCUGUCUUCUGGAGCAGCAGCCUUCCUGACAGCGAGACAGGAGAGGACCCCAGCCCAGAGCGGGAGACAGCGACCGACUCGGAUAUCAGGAAGAGAGGCCCGGUGGCCUAUGCCUCUCAGAAACCAUGGCUGCUGAAUGCCACUGUGGAGGAGAACAUCAUCUUUGAGGGUCCCUUCAACAAACAACGGUACAAGAUGGUCAUUGAAGCCUGCUCUCUGCAGCCAGACAUCGACAUCCUGCCCCAUGGAGACCAGACCCAGAUUGGGGAACGGGGCAUCAACCUGUCUGGUGGUCAGCGCCAGCGAAUCAGUGUGGCCCGAGCCCUCUACCAGCACGCCAACGUCGUCUUCUUGGAUGACCCCUUCUCAGCUCUGGAUAUCCAUCUGAGUGACCACUUGAUGCAGGCUGGCAUCCUUGAGCUGCUCCGGGAUGACAAGAGGACAGUGGUCUUAGUGACCCACAAGCUACAGUACCUGCCCCAUGCAGACUGGAUCAUUGCCAUGAAGGAUGGCACCAUCCAGAGGGAGGGUACCCUCAAGGACUUCCAGAGAUCUGAGUGCCAGCUCUUUGAGCACUGGAAGACCCUCAUGAAUCGUCAGGACCAAGAGCUGGAGAAGGAGACUGUCACAGAGAGAAAAGCCACAGAGCCACCCCAGGGCCUACCUCGUGCCAUGUCCUCGAGGGAUGGCCUUCUGCAGGAUGAAGAAGAGGAGGAAGAGGAGGCAGCUGAGAGUGAGGAGGAUGACAACCUGUCGUCCAUGCUGCACCAGCGGGCGGAGAUCCCGUGGCGAGCCUGCGCCAAGUACCUGUCCUCCGCCGGCAUCCUGCUCCUGUCGCUGCUGGUCUUCUCACAGCUGCUCAAGCACAUGGUCCUGGUGGGCAUCGACUACUGGCUGGCCAAGUGGACCGACAGCGCCCUGACCCUGACCCCUGUGGCCAGGAACUGCUCCCUCAGCCAGGAGUGUGCUCUCGACCAGACUGUCUACGCCAUGGUGUUCACGGUGCUCUGUAGCCUGGGCAUCGUGCUGUGCCUCGUCACGUCUGUCACCGUGGAGUGGACAGGGCUGAAGGUGGCCAAGAGGCUGCACCGCAGCCUGCUGAACCGGAUCAUCCUGGCCCCCAUGAGGUUUUUUGAGACCACGCCCCUUGGGAGCAUCCUGAACAGAUUUUCAUCCGACUGUAACACCAUCGACCAGCACAUCCCAUCCACGCUGGAGUGCCUGAGCCGCUCCACCCUGCUCUGUGUCUCCGCCCUGGCCGUCAUCUCCUAUGUCACACCUGUGUUCCUUGUGGCCCUCUUGCCCCUGGCUAUUGUGUGCUACUUUAUCCAGAAGUACUUCCGGGUGGCGUCCAGGGACCUGCAGCAGCUGGAUGACACCACCCAACUUCCAUUGCUCUCACACUUUGCCGAAACCGUGGAAGGGCUCACCACCAUCCGGGCCUUCAGGUAUGAGGCCCGGUUUCAGCAGAAGCUUCUGGAAUACACAGACUCCAACAACAUUGCUUCCCUCUUCCUCACGGCUGCCAACAGAUGGCUGGAAGUCCGAAUGGAGUACAUCGGUGCAUGUGUGGUACUCAUUGCGGCCGUGACCUCCAUCUCCAACUCCCUGCACAGGGAGCUCUCUGCUGGCCUGGUGGGCCUGGGCCUCACCUACGCCCUAAUGGUCUCCAACUACCUCAACUGGAUGGUGAGGAAUCUGGCAGACAUGGAGCUCCAGCUGGGGGCCGUGAAGCGUAUCCAUGGGCUCCUGAAAACCGAGGCAGAGAGCUACGAGGGGCUCCUGGGUGAGGGGCGCAGGGAGAGGGGCGGGGAAGAGUGCGAGGAGGAGUGUGUCUGGGUUGGGGCCACGAGGGGCCUGGGGAUGGGUUGGCACUCUCAGAUACUAGCUAUGGCCCAUGCCUGGUGGCUGAGCCCAGCCCGGCCCCCAGCACCAUCGCUGAUCCCGAAGAACUGGCCAGACCAAGGGAAGAUCCAGAUCCAGAACCUGAGCGUGCGCUACGACAGCUCCCUGAAACCAGUGCUAAAGCACGUCAACGCCCUCAUCUCCCCGGGACAGAAGAUCGGGAUCUGCGGCCGCACAGGCAGUGGGAAGUCCUCCUUCUCUCUUGCCUUCUUCCGCAUGGUGGACACAUUUGAAGGGCGCAUCAUCAUUGAUGGCAUUGACAUAGCCAAACUGCCGCUGCACACCCUGCGCUCACGCCUCUCCAUCAUCCUGCAGGACCCUGUUCUCUUCAGCGGCACCAUCCGAUUUAACCUGGACCCGGAGAGAAAGUGCUCAGACAGCACGCUGUGGGAAGCCCUGGAAAUAGCCCAGCUGAAGCUGGUGGUGAAGGCACUGCCAGGAGGCCUCGAUGCCAUCAUCACAGAAGGUGGGGAGAAUUUCAGCCAGGGCCAGAGGCAGCUGUUCUGCCUGGCUCGGGCCUUCGUGAGGAAGACCAGCAUCUUCAUCAUGGACGAGGCCACAGCUUCCAUCGACAUGGCCACGGAAAACAUCCUCCAAAAGGUGGUGAUGACAGCCUUCGCAGACCGCACUGUGGUCACCAUCGCGCAUCGUGUGCACACCAUCCUAAGUGCAGACCUGGUGAUCGUCCUGAAGCGGGGCGCCAUCCUUGAAUUCGACAAGCCAGAGAAGCUGCUUAGCCGAAAGGACAGUGUCUUUGCCUCCUUCGUCCAUGCAGACAAGUGACCUGCCAGAGCCCAAGUGCCGUCCCACACCCACACCCUGCCCACACCCCUGCUGGGGUUUUCUAACUGUAAAUUACUUGUAAAUAAAGAGAUUUGAUUAUUUCCUA